AUGAGAAUACGCGUAAUCUUGUCUUUGAUAUCAAUACUUUCACUGUUCAAAUCGAACAACUCACUGGACGCACCCGACUUUUCGCUCGGGAAUUCACCUGCAGAAUGUUUGAUAUCAUCCAAUACGACUGUUCUUACACCUGGACAUGAGCUCUAUGACACCGCAAGACAGACGUGGAACUCUCGAACUGUCUUCUCCCCUCAGUUCAUUGUCCGACCAAGUAAGAUUGAAGAAGUCCAACACAGCGUAAUCUGUGGUACGCACUACGGCCUGCCUGUCACUACUAAAUCUGGCGGGCAUGGCUAUUCAGGAUACGCAAUUGGCGAUAUAACCAUAGACAUGGCCAAUAUGAAAUCUAUUAGCAUUGAAGACAACGGUUUGGUUCAUGCUGAGACGGGUAACCAUCUUUUUGAUCUCUAUCAAACGAUCUAUGAACAAAGACACCUAUCUCUACCCGGUGGAAUAUGUCCGCAAGUAGGUGUGGGAGGUCACACUGCUUUCGGGGGCCAUGGUCCAUUGUCAAGAAAGCUGGGUUUGCUGGUCGAUCGCGUAGUCGAAGCUGAGGUGGUAUUCGCAAAUGGCACGGUGUCAAAUGUCACUGAGGGGGAGGAUAUGUUUUUCGCAGUCACAGGCGCAGCUCCCUCGUUUGCUAGUGUGACUCGGUUCACCUACGAUGCGGUAGAAGCGCCAACUAAUACCGUUAUAUUCAGCUACAGCUUGAAUAAUCGCACAGCUGAAGAAUCUGCUAAUGCCUUUAAUUCAUUUCAGACAUUCAUGAACCAUUCGGAACUGACCAACGACUUCAACGCGCAGCUCACUCUUGGUCCUGGGUCUUUCGAGCUUUCAGGAACAUUUUUUGGGGAUGAAGAGAUCUACCAAAACAUUUCCAAACCCCUGCUUGACAGUUUGAAGCUUGAAGAUGGCGAUAUAGAAGAAGUAUUUUCCGUUACUGAGUUCAUCGACAUGUAUAAACAAAUAUACGGUGACUUUUCACCCGUCGCCGAGCCGAAAUCAUUCUACAGCAAGUCUUUAAUGGAAGACCAGCCGCUUGCGUUGAACGAUUUACAGUCAUUCUUUGAAUAUCUUUUUAACAAUGCUACAAAGGCAAAUCAGGAAGGGAUCGGGUGGUACAUUAUCGUUGAAGCUUACAAUGGCGCCGUUCAUGACAUUUCCGCGAAUACAAGAAGCUUUGCUCAUCGUGAUACCCUUCUCACCUUCCAAUUCUUCGCUGAGAUCGCCAACGAUGAGGACGAGUUGUUUGAGCUCGUCGAUGGUAUGCUAGACAGCAUCACUUUGACUCCCAAAGCCGCGUAUCCUAACUAUGUCGAUCCAAGGCUAGAUAAUUGGCAAUAUCUCUACUACGGGGAUAACUAUGCUCGAUUGAGGAGAAUCAAAGGUGAAAUUGAUCCAAAAAAUACCUUCAGGUUCCCACAAUCAGGUUUGUGA